AACACGUCACCAUUAGCGCGUACUUUCGGACAGGCAAGCCUUGUGUGAAACAACCCUUUGGAGGAAAAUCCUGACGCCAUCAUGAACUAUUUUCCUUUUCUGGUGUUUCUGAUGUGCCUCUCAGUCGGGUCUGGCUUAAAAUGCUACAAGUGCGUCAGUUUAAAGAGUUGGGAGGACUGCGCACUCAACCAAACAGAAGUUACAUGUGCCGGUGGACUUGAUCGGUGUGGUAAAGCGUCCGUGAGCUUCACGGAGGAUGGUAAACAGGUACAUGGCUACGACAAAGACUGCGUUUCUUCAACACUGAAGUGUGAAGACUGGGAAAAGUCCGACUUCUGCAAAGACAAAGAAUGCAAAAUAACCUGCUGCUCUGAGGAUCUGUGUAAUGGAGCUCCGUUGCCUGUUAUGAGUUCUGUCAUCUUCAUCUCAUGCUUUGUAAUGGCUUUUGUGUUUUAGAUCAGCAUCGAGUAGAGUAUCAGAAAUACUAUUGUUACUGCGUUAUUAAUUUUUUACAGCCGUGUUUUCGUUCAUGUAGUUCAAAAUCGGUGAACGUUAAGUGAACAUGAGUUGCCCUUAUUUUUUUCUUAUCAUAUUGUUGCGGGUUGUUUGGAGAACUUUGGCUUGCAGAAGUAACAGCUGUAAACGUUUUCUUCUAUUAUUUGUCAAGUAGUAGAAUCAAUCUUGAAUAAAACUUUUGAUUAAGGAAAGAAAUAGA